AUGCAGUGGCUAUCAACAAUUUUAAUGAGUGUUUCCAAUUUAAAUGAACCUAGAAACCAGCUACAACGCAUAGAAGUUACAGGAAUGGUAACUAUUUAUUCCAAUGAAUCACGAAUCAGAGUCACAUGUGAAAAUUUCGAGAACCAUCUAUCGUGGGGUAUCCCAGGAACAACAAGACUCGAGAGUCGUGUUCGUGAAUUAGAAGAUCUUUUGGACUUAGAACGUGACGCUCGAGUUCGUGCUGAACGACAUGCAGCUGACUUAGGUUUUCAAGUGGAUGCACUUUCGGAGCGUUUAGAUGAGGCUGGUGGAUCCACAAGUCAAACUCAAGAAUUGUUAAAACGUCGUGAAAUGGAAAUAAAUAAACUUCGUAAAGACUUAGAAAAUGCUAAUGCUUCACUUGAAUUAGCUGAGACUUCAAUGAGACGUAGACAUCAGACAGCAUUGAAUGAAUUAGCCUCAGAAGUUGAAAAUUUACAGAAGCAAAAAGGAAAAGCGGAGAAAGAUAAGAGUCAUCUCAUCAUGGAAGUGGAUAAUGUUCUUGGACAACUGGAUGGUGCUUUGAAGGCUAAGCAAUCUGCUGAAUCCAAAUUGGAAGGAUUGGAUAGUCAACUGAAUCGUCUUAAAUCACUAUCCGAUGACUUGCAAAGACAAUUGACUGAGUUGAACAAUACCAAAUCUAGGCUGACAUCAGAAAACUUUGAAUUGUUACACAUUAAUCAAGAGUAUGAAGCUCAAAUUCUCAACUAUUCCAAAGCUAAAUCUUCACUUGAAAGUCAAGUGGAUGAUUUGAAACGAUCACUAGAUGAUGAAGCUAAGAGUCGUUUUAACCUUCAAGCUCAACUAGCAUCAUUACAAAUGGAUUAUGAUCAUUUACAAGCUAAAUAUGAUGAAGAAAGUGAAGAGGCUAGUAAUUUACGUAGUCAAGUAUCUAAAUUCAAUGCUGAUAUUGCUGCAUUGAAAUCAAAGUUUGAACGUGAAAUUAUGAGUAAAACAGAAGAAUUUGAAGAGAUGAAACGGAAAUUAACUAUGCGAAUUAGUGAACUUGAAGACGUCGCUGAAAGGGAGCGUUUGAAAGCAGUUUCAUUGGAGAAAAUGAAGACGAAGUUAACGCUUGAAAUCAAGGAUUUGCAAGCUGAAGUAGAAAAUCUUUCAUUGGAGAAUGGAGAAUUAAUUCGACGUGCUAAAGCUGCCGAAUCAUUAGCCUCUGAACUUCAACGUCGUGUAGAUGAGUUAACAAUUGAAGUCAAUACAUUAUCGUCACAAAAUAGUCAACUAGAAGGUGAAAAUAUGCGAUUAAAGAGUUUAGUCAAUGAUUUAACUGACAAGAAUAAUGCCUUAGACCGUGAAAAUCGUCAACUUGGCGAUCAAGUUAAAGAAUUGAAGAGUUCACUUCGUGAUGCAAAUCGUCGACUAACUGAUUUGGAAGCGUUAAGAUCACAAUUAGAAGCAGAAAGAGAUAAUUUAGCCUCAGCAUUACAUGAUGCUGAAGAAGCUUUACGUGACAUGGAUCAGAAGUAUCAAGCAUCACAAGCGGCAUUAAAUCAUUUAAAAUCGGAAAUGGAACAAAGACUUAGAGAAAGAGAUGAAGAAUUAGAAAGUUUAAGAAAGAGCACAGCAAGAACAAUUGAAGAGUUGACUGUAACAAUAACUGAGAUGGAAAUCAAGUAUAAAUCAGAAUUGUCACGUUUAAAGAAACGUUAUGAAGCAAAUAUUGCUGAACUAGAAAUGCAAUUGGAUACUGCAAACAAAGCUAAUGCAAAUCUUAUGAAAGAGAAUAAGAAUUUAGCUCAACGUGUUAAAGACUUGGAAACAUUUUUAGAUGAAGAACGUCGUCUACGUGAAGCAGCUGAAAGUAAUCUACAAAUCUCUGAACAUAAACGUAUACAACUUGCUAAUGAAGUUGAAGAAUUGCGUAGUGCGUUGGAGAAUAUGGAACGUGCACGUAAACACGCUGAGACAGAACUUGAAGAAGCUCAAUCACGUGUCAGUGAAUUAACCAUGCAAGUCAAUACAUUGAGUAAUGACAAACGUCGUCUUGAAGGUGAUAUCGGUGUUAUGCAAGCUGAUAUGGACGAUGCUAUCAAUGCUAAGCAAGCAGCUGAAGACAGAGCGACUAGACUAAAUAAUGAAGUACUACGAUUGGCUGAUGAAUUACGUCAAGAACAGGAAAACUAUAAACAUGCUGAAGCUUUAAGAAAACAACUUGAAGUAGAAAUACGUGAAAUCACUGUGAAAUUAGAAGAAGCUGAAGCAUUCGCUACUCGUGAAGGACGUCGUAUGGUGCAUAAAUUACAGGCUCGUGUACGUGAACUUGAAGCUGAAUUCGAUGGUGAAUCACGUCGAUGCAAAGAUGCUUUGGCUCAAGCACGUAAAUUUGAACGUCAGUAUAAAGAAUUACAGACACAAGCUGAAGAUGAUCGUCGAAUGGUAUUAGAACUUCAAGAUCUAUUGGAUAAAACUCAAAUGAAGAUGAAAGCGUAUAAACGUCAAUUGGAAGAAAUGGAGGAAGUUUCUCAAAUUACAAUGAAUAAAUAUCGUAAAGCACAACAACAAAUUGAAGAAGCAGAGCAUAGAGCUGAUAUGGCUGAACGUACAGUGACUGUUCGUCGUAUUGGUCCAGGUGGACGAGCUGUCUCUGUAGCUCGUGAGCUAUCUGUCACUUCAAGUCGUGGAAUGCGUGCAACAAUUAGAUAUUCCUUUAUAUGUUAUAAAAUGCAUUCACAGUCUACAUUAGACUGUCAUGAUUUCGUUAAGGUGAUAAAUGAUCCAUCUGGGAAUGGUUUUAUUGAAAAUUAUCUCGCUCCAAAUGAUGAUCCUCAAAUUGAAUUGAUAACAUAUACACGGACAUCGGAACAAGAUGAAUUACUUGGCCUACAGCCUCAACCACCAAUAGAUUUAAUCAAUAAAUUGUCUGUACCUGAAACAAUUGUUGAAGAGGCGACUGUUUUGAAUGAACCUGUGAAACCUAUUGAAAAAGAUGAAGUUAUGUCUUUGUCUACCAAUUGUCCAUCAUGUAAUAGUCCAAUUGAAAACAAAAUGAAAAUUGUCGGGUUCAAUAUCUACUCUGUGGUUGUAAUUGUUGCUUUCUAUGUUUGUUUUGAAGAGAAUCAUGCUUUUGAUUAUUACUUCAAUUGA